UCAUAUGCAAUAUUUGGUUGUGGAUCUACAUCAGUUGUAAGGUAUCUUCUUGAUCGUGGUGCUAAACCAAACAAAACAAGCACAGAUGGGUUUACUGCGCUGCAUUUUGCUACAAUGGCAGGCCCACAAGAAAACUCAGAGGCAGCCAGGUUAUGGGCAGCUAACACCCGAGAUACCUGUGAAAUAGCAGAGUUAUUAUUGUCCAGGGGAGCUUAUGUUGACCCUAUAUGCGAAGAAGGAACACCAUUAAUCAUUGCUGCUCGAAACGGAAAUGUGAGAAUGUUGGAAUUGUUGUUGAGGCAUCAGGCAAAUCCUAACACAGUUGUGCAUUUAGUCUAUACACCACUUUCAUAUGCUAUCUCCGCUUCUUCAGUGAAAUGCAUGGAACUACUUAUUAAGGCUGGUGCUGAUGUCAAUGCUGGUAGGCCUGUAACAACGCCAUUACUAGUAGCUGCGUCCUAUGGCUUCGCUAGCUGCAUCAAAUGUUUGUUGGAAGCUGGCGCUGAUACAAAUAUUCCUGAUGAAUUUGGCAGAACAGCAGCAGAAAUUGCUUCAGUCCAAGGAUGGAUGGACUGCGUUGAGAUUCUUUCCCCUCUCACAUACCCUGUAGCUAUAUCUGCAGGCACUGAUGAUUCUCUCCUCAAUGCAAAUGAUGGAUGUGCCUUGAAAAAGCAAGGGGAUGCUGCAUUCGAGGAAAAUGAUUAUGCUGAUGCGUUGGCUCUCUAUACCAAGGCAAUGGAGAUUGACCCUGAUGAUUCAACCUUGUAUGCAAAGAGAAGCCUUUGCUGGCUGCAUAUGAGUGAAGAAGACAAGGCUUUGGAUGAUGCCUAUACCUACAGAACUAUGAGGAUGGAUCUAUCAAAUUCCUGCUAUGAGCAAACAGCAGCUCUGAUACUAGUGAAGGAGUAUGCCCGAGCAUGUAGAGCACUCGUAUCGGCAUUAAAAUUGGACUUGAGAAGCGACGAUCUGGAUUGAAAUUGGACUUCAGUAGGCUGGUGUAGGAACUUG